GCCACCAAAACAGCGCCAACCAGCCAGAAUAGCAUUCUGAUAUGAUAUUCUUCUCGCCACAAUUGUACAGUGUGGUUAUGAGUUAUCGUAGACUUUGUCAGAAUGUUAUUCUGAGAUGCGGGUUGGAGCUGUUUUGGCGGCACGAGGGGGACCUACACAAUAUUAGGCAGGUGGUUUUAAUGUUGUGGCUGAUUGGUGUGUGUGUGUGUGUGUGUGUGUGUGUGUGUGUGUGUGUGUGUGUAUAUAUAUAUACACACACGCAUGCUCCUUGAAACAACCACACCGUUUUUUUUCCAGAGCAGCCUGUAUUUCUCCUGAGGUUACCUGUGGGUUUUUCUUUUUAUCCCGAACAAUUCUUCUGGCAGUUGUGGCUGAAAUCUUUCUUGGUCUACCUGACCUUGGCUUGGUAUCAAGAGAUCCCCGAAUGUUCCACUUCUUAAUAAGUGAUUGAACAGUACUGACUGGCAUUUUCAAGGCUUUGGAUAUCUUUUUAUAUCCUUUUCCAUCUUUAUAAAGUUCCAUUACCUUGUUACGCAGGUCUUUUGACAGUUCUUUUCUGCUCCCCAUUGCUCAGUAUCUAGCCUGUCAGUGCAUCCACGUGAGAGCUAACAAACUCAUUGACUAUUUAUACACAGACACUAAUUGCAAUUUAAAAAGCCACAGGUGUGGGAAAUUAACCUUUAAUUAUCAUUUAAACCUGUGUGUGUCACCUUGUGUGUCUGUAACAAGGCCAAACAUUCAAGGGUAUGUAAACUUUUGAUCAGGGCCAUUUGGGUGAUUUCUGUUAUCAUUAUGAAUUACUAUGUGAUAAUAAAUGGCUUCAUAUGAUCACUAUCCUUAAAUAAAAUACCUUUUUUUUUUUUUUUUUUGGCAUGAUCAGUCAUAUUUUCAAAAUCAAUGCCAAAAUUUCACAAUUUCUGCCAGGGUAUGCUAACUUUUGAGCACAACUCACAAGCAAUGGCUUGUCUCCUGACAUGUUUUAAGAAUGUGCCCUUUUAACUGGCUAAAAAAACAUGUAAUUAUAAUUAUUUUAAAUGGAGGCAGUUUCUUGUGCAUUCCCUGUCCUUUUUUUUUAUUUUAUUAUUAUUUUUUUAAAGGCAAUACUUUGAGAUAAUUUGCAAAACAUUACUUGCUAAUCUUGUUUUGUAACUUUUUUUUUUUUUUAAUAUUAAAUGACAGAUUUGAUCUAGUUUGUGUCUGCGCAUUUUUUACUGUGAAAACAUGCUUUAACUCUAUCAUUAUUUAUUUCUCCUUGCAUGACCUUCAUAUACAGUGUAUCCUAAUAAUAGUAAGUCUUUUUGCUUAAACUACUUUACCUUAUAUCUCGCUCUCUCUCUUGCAUGGUUUGUUCUAUCUAUCUCUGUCUCUGCAGUGGCAAGAACAAUGAUCAUAUGGUUUUCAGUUGCUGUGGUUUCCUGUUUGUAGGUGGGAUAUAGAGAUGCUAAUUUGCUUGGUAAAUUGCAGAGAAAAUUAGUCUCGUGAAAGGAUUUUGAAAACAUAAGCGCCUAAAUCGAAACGAGCAUUCUUCAUACAGUGGAACAUUUGGUGAAUGUCGUUGUGCUUAUGUGAGAAUACACUUGUACCUAUACCAUUCCUGUAAUUUGUGCUUGUGUGUGUUUGUGUGGGCUACAAGAACACCAUAAAAUGCCACAAGAGUGGGUGGCAAGAUUAAGAAAUUAUGACUCACUGUCCGCCAUCAUAAAUGUCAGGAGUUAACACUUGCAUUUUAAAACAAACAACAUUUUAAAAAAUGUGAAUUCAAAAUGUUAUUGAACUCCCAUUUCUAAUUCAUUUCUCUUGAAACUGCCUGGGAAACAACUGUGUUGUUUGAAACUUAAUCUAGUAUUGGUCAUUAUUGAGGUAAAUCAUAAUUAAAGUUUUAAUUAUGCCUCUUUUGUUCAUUAUUGUUUUAAAAUAGCCAAUUAUUGUUUGACAUAGAAUCUUGGACAUAACUGAGCACAACAAAAGUAUAAACUUGUUCUAAUGUGGUCAUAUUCUAAGCCUAAUGUACACUACCGUACACUCAAAAGUUUUGAAACACAUGACUGAAAUGUUUCUAAUGAUAUUAAAAAUCUUUUGAUCUGAAGGCGUAAGCUUAAAUGUUUGAAAUUAGUUUUGUAGACAAAAAUAUAAUUGUGCCACCAUAUUAAUUUAUUUCAUUAUAAAAGUACAAUUUAAUUUAAAAAAAAGUUUUUGAAAUUGAUGACUUGGACCAAAUAAUAAAGAAAAGAAGCCAAUAAGUGCCCAACAUAGAUGGGAACUCCUUCAAUACUGUUUAAAAAGCAUCCCAGGGUGAUACCUCAAGAAGUUGGUUGAGAAAAUGUCAAGAGUACAUUUCUGCAAAUUCUAGGCAAAGUGUGACUACUUUGAAGAUGCUAAAAUAUCAGUUUUGAUUUAUUUUGGAUUUUGUUUAAUCACAACAUAAUUCCCAUAGUUCCAUUUAUGUUAUUCCAUAGUUUUGAUGACUUUACUAUUAUUCUAAAAUGUGAAGAAAAUAAAAUUAUAAUAAAGAAUGAGUGUUUCAAAACUUUUGACCAGUAGUGUAGGUCAGUCGUGUGAAUGCAUAGGACUGUGUGCUUAGUGGCUUAUGGCCUGUGGAUGACAAAUAAUAAAAAAUUAAAAAAAAAACAAAAAAACAAGAGAAACUGAAUAAAACAUGCAUGGUGACUGGAAUGAGCAAAAAAAAAAAAAAAAAAAAAGAUGAAAGAGCAGAUAAGAAGGGAGGUGAAAUGGAGAGAGCAGACACUUAGAUUGAGGGAGAAAAAUAUGCUGAGUGGAGGAGGCAAUGGAACGGCACUUUCAAUGAACCAAUGAGAAGAGAGAGUAAGCACAUCAAGGAGAGAGACCUAAAAGAAAAGUUAUCUGUGCUGAAGACCUAGUAGAUCAGUACACAUCUCAACGGCUCAUAUAAAAUAAGCUUCAGAAUUAAGUUUAAAUUAUUUCAGCAGAUAUGAGUGUAAUUUGCUGAUAUUUGGGUUGGGAAAGAGCAACGGGGAGAGAGUAUAGGGACUGGGCCUGAGGAAUAAGAAAGGGGCAAGCUGUGUGGGUGGCAAAAUCAAAAAUGGUGGUAACUUCAGUGUGAGCUACGAGUGAGGUGUGAAUUUUACAAUCUGCAUUAAGUGUGUUAACUGGUCGGCAGUGUGGUUACAAAUUUCUGCUGAGCAGAACGUGUGGUGUCUUGACUGACUUUGCUGCUACUUAUCAGCGAUCUUAUGCAGUCUAUCCAUCUCAUUCAUCAGCAAGCAAUCAGUGCCGUUAUGGACUCCUCUGCACUGCUGUCUGUUGUAGGCGGAGGUCUCCUCCUGUCAAUCAUCUUUGUAACCAGUCUUUGUGCAGACUGCUGGGGCCGCAAACAACCAACAUCCAUCCAUCAGAUAUCCAGUGACUCUAGUCCAGAACACAACUCAAUAUCAGGUUUUGGGGUUAGGCUUCCCCAGUCUACAUAUGCACACCAUUUAGAUCAUCAGAGAUUUCCCACCAUGCCUUACCCACUAUCUAAUUCCCUAAGUUCUCCAUCAUUUACUCCAUUUAAGAUGCCCUCCUGUCCUCCUUCAGAAAAUGGAAGUCAAGCCAGUUAUGUGAACCAAAAUGACAGUGAAGAUGAGCCGUAUGUUGAACCCGAAGAUGAAGGAGCUCAUUACAUAACUGUGAUUCCAGGUUCUCCAACCCAACAGCCUGAGAGACCCAGCAGAGCAUCAUCUCAGAGCUCAGAUCUGUCAAAUUGCGAGGGCAUCUCCUGUGUACGGCCCUCUUCAGGUCCCCCCACAGAUUUUCUACAGGAUUCAGGUCUAGGCUCUUGCUGGGCCAUUCCAAAACAUUAAUCUUUUUUUUGCUGAAGCCAUUCUUUUGUUGAUUUGGAUGUGUGCUUUGGAUCAUUGUCAUGCUGAAAGGUGAAAGAUAGAGUGGUGGUGGCGGCGUAGUGGACUAAAGCACUGAACUGGUAAGCAAAAGUUGUUGGUUCAAUUUCCAAAGCCACCACUAUUGUGUCCUUGAGCAAGGCACUUAACUCCAGGUUGCUCCAGGGGGAUUGUCCCUGUAAUAAGGCACUGUAAGGUGCUUUGGAUAAAAGCGUCUACCAAAUGCAUAAAUGUAAAUGAAAGAUCUCUUCAU